ACCCUAUCCAUUCCCUCUCACCUCCUCGCUUUUCACUCUUCAUCUCCCUCCUCUUCAUCCCUUUCAAAUGAUCGCCUCUAAAACCCUAACCCUCUCCUCCCUCGCCCCCGCGAUCCAUAGAACCCGGAACCAACCCCCCUCUCCCUUCCUCCCCUUCCACCCUCUCCCCUCCUCUCCCCUUCGAUUCCUAGGGCUAGGGUCCCAUGGAUCCAACAAGCCCUUAUCGGCGCGCUGCGCCUCCGUCCCCGCCAUGGAUCCUCCCUCCGACGCUUCUUCCGACGACACCGUCGAGGACCUCCUCACCAAAGGGGACCGCAUCGAGCGGCUGAUGAAGAUGGAGCGCCGCGCUGAGCCGCCGCCAUUGGCGGAGGAAGUACGGGGGCGGCGGUGGUUUCCGUAUAUUGAUGUUUUCAGGUCGGGGACGGUGGAGGUGUCGAGCAGGGAGGUGGUGGACGCGCUGGAUCCGUACAUCAUGGACGCGAGGAAGGAGAGGAUUCGGAGGGCGGUGGCGAACCGGAGCUACUCGGUGUGCUUGGUGGUCGAGGGCUUGACGGACUUCGGAAACGUGUCGGCGGCGUUCAGGUCGGCGGACGCGCUCGGGGUGCAGUCGGUGCAUGUGAUCUCCUGCGGCGGCAGUAAAAGGUAUCGGGACAAUCGGCAUGUUAGCAUGGGUGCUGAGAAAUGGCUGGACAUUGAGCUGUGGAAUUCGCCGUCUGAGUGCUUUACGGCAUUGAAAAAGCGGGGUUAUCGCAUUGCAACAGCUCGCUUGGGAACUGAUUCGGCUUCUGUAUAUGAGUUGGAUUGGUCGCAACCAACUGCUAUUGUUGUGGGAAAUGAACAUAUGGGUAUAAGCGAAGAGGCUCUGUCCCUUUCAGACUUGCAUUGUAUGCUUCCGAUGAAAGGCAUGGUGGAUUCUUUCAAUGUUUCUGUUGCGGCUGGCAUUCUCAUGCACCAUGCUGUGUGUGAUAGAGUUUCUCGCCUUUAUAAUUUGCAGGGUCAUCAUGGUGAUCUGAUGCCCGAAGAAAGUGAGAUCUUGCUUGCGGAGUUUUAUUUGCGCCAUAGGGAGAGCACUAUCAGUAUUGUUCAUGAGUAUGCUAAAAGGAAAGCGGAGAAGCUCAGCGCCAAACUAUAGGAUAAAAUUACUUAAUACUGCUGCUUAAUGUCUCAGGUCACCAUCCGACUCUUUUCAGUUCAAAACACUGUACCUCAAGGUUGAGGAAAAGAACUUCCUCCCAGGUUCUUAUUAUAUUUUUCUCAAGAAGCACGCCGUGUUAUUGAUACUUUCCGAUGAGAGAAGCAAUUCAUGUAUGUUGGCUUCACUUUAUUCAUGUAGAAGUGGAAACACUUCGAGAUACGCUGCGCUUCACCGAACGCGAACAUGAACGAUCGGCCCACAUGAGGUUCAUUGGGUUCUCACUAAUAAGUGGGUUUUUUUGUGUUAUCUAACCUGUAUUUUGGAAGCAUAUUGGUUUUGUAGUCGACUUUGUUUUUGGUUUUCGGUAAUACGAAGGACACUGAAUCGUGUCGUGUUUGAGCAGAGCUGUUUAAAGAAGUGCUAGCAAUUAUUUUAUUUUCUUGAAA